AUGCCCAUGGACUGCUCACAGGGUGUCAGUGGCCAGAACGGGUGCGGGGUUGGGCUUCGGCCGGCCCCGGGGGAGCGAGUGGGGCGGGGCCGCCGCGCCCGCCUUCUCCUCCUCCCGCCGCGCGGGCUCAGAGCGGCGGCAGCGGCGGCCGCGGCGACAGCUCGGGCUCCCGCUCCGGCUCCCGUUCCGGCUCCUGCGCUCCCGGGCCCUGCGCCCCGACCCCGCCGCCGCGCCUACCGGGGGCCUCGCGCGCCCCCUCCGCGCCUCACGCUGAAGUUCCUGGCCGUGCUGCUGGCCGCGGGCAUGCUGGCGUUCCUCGGUGCCGUCAUCUGCAUCAUCGCCAGCGUGCCCCUGGCGGCCAGCCCCGCGCGCGCGCUGCCCGGCGGCACCGACAACGCCUCGGCCGCCUCGGCCGCCGGUGCCUCGGGUCCGCAGCGCAGCCUGAGCGCCCUGCACGGCGCAGGCGGCUCGGCCGGGCCCUCGGUGUUGCCCGGGGAGCCGGCGGCCAGCGUCUUCCCGCCGCCGCCCGUGCCGCUGCUCAGUCGUUUCCUCUGCACACCGCUGGCCGCCGCCUGCCCGUCGGGGACCGAGCAGGGGGACGCGGCGGGCGAGCGCGCGGAGCUGUUGCUGCUGCAGAGCACCGCGGAGCAGCUGCGCCAGACGGCGCUGCAGCAGGAGGCGCGCAUCCGCGCAGACCGGGACACCAUCCGCGAGCUCACCGGCAAGCUGGGCCGCUGCGAGAGCGGCCUGCCGCGCGGCCUCCAGGACGCCGGGCCCCGCCGCGACACCAUGGCAGACGGCGCCUGGGACUCACCCGCGCUGCUGCUGGAGCUGGAGGACGCGGUGCGCGCGCUGCGAGACCGCAUCGAGCGCAUCGAGCAGGAGCUCCCAGCCCGUGGAAACCUAUCCUCAGCGCCAGCCCCAGCCGUGCCCACCACCCUGCACUCCAAGAUGGACGAACUAGAAGGCCAGCUGCUGGCCAAGGUGCUGGCGCUGGAGAAGGAGCGAGCUGCCCUCAGUCAUGGCAGCCACCAGCAGCGACAGGAAGUGGAGAAGGAGCUAGAUGCCCUGCAGGGUCGCGUGGCCGAGCUGGAGCACGGGUCCUCGGCCUACAGUCCCCCAGAUGCCUUCAAGGUCAGCAUUCCCAUCCGCAACAACUACAUGUAUGCCCGCGUGCGCAAGGCGCUGCCGGAACUCUACGCCUUCACUGCCUGCAUGUGGCUGCGCUCUAGGUCGGGUGGCUCCGGCCAGGGCACCCCCUUCUCCUACUCCGUGCCUGGGCAGGCCAAUGAGAUCGUGCUGCUGGAGGCCGGCCUUGAGCCAAUGGAGCUGCUGAUCAACGACAAGGUAGCCCAGCUGCCACUGAGCCUGAAAGACAGCAACUGGCACCAUAUCUGCAUUGCCUGGACUACAAGGGAUGGACUGUGGUCUGCAUACCAGGACGGAGAACUGCGGGGUUCUGGUGAGAACCUGGCAGCCUGGCACCCCAUCAAGCCACAUGGCAUCCUUAUCCUGGGCCAAGAACAGGAUACCUUGGGAGGCAGAUUUGAUGCCACGCAGGCCUUCGUCGGUGACAUUGCACAGUUCAACCUGUGGGACCACGCUCUGACACCUGCCCAGGUGCUGGGCAUGGCCAACUGCACAGGGCCACUGAUGGGCAAUGUCCUCCCCUGGGAAGAUAAGCUGGUAGAGGCCUUUGGAGGUGCGAAGAAGGCCGCCUUUGAUGUGUGCAAGGGGAGGGCUAAGGCAUGAGGGGUCACCUCGUUCAGGGCCCCUCCCUUGCCUGUCAGUUUAGGGACUUUGAAGGGGCACAUCCUUCCUCAGCCUGUCCACAUGCUGGCCUUCCCUCCUACCCUACUCCUGGCUAUACCUCCCACUUCUCCUCAUGGGCACCCACUGCUCCAGAAUGCCCUGCCCUGGUUGGAUGUCCCCUCAGCCACCUGGAUAGGGACCAGUAUCUCACAUCAAUUUAGGGGCUGAGGCAGGCAACAUAUUGGCUUGGUCUCUCUUGUCUUAUACACUGUCCUGCCAAUCACAUUGGAUCCCACUAAUUCCAAGGACAUUCCCUAAGGAGUCAUGGGUAGAGGUGGCCUUUGACCCUCGCAUGCUCUAUGCUUCAGGCCUACAUUGGGCAGCAGAAGAGAUGCCAGAGAUGUAUGAGAUCAGACGCUCAUCCUCUAUCUCCCUCGGUUGCCCACAGUGGCUGCAGGGUCAUCGUGCCCACUGCCCCUGCCUCCCCCUCCCUCCUCUCACCAGUUUCUCUGUGUGUUGUGGUUUGAAUGUUAGUUCAAUGUCGGUUCAGGCCCCACCUCAGUUUCCAGGAUAUUCCUUUCCCAGCCCGUACCCUAACAGCUAGGGACCAAAACCCAGGAGGCCAAAGGGCUGUAAUCACCCCCUGUUCUCACUGGUAACUUUGCCCACCAGCAGGGUUGUCCAUCCCAUCCCCUCCAAGCCUGAGACAGGACCUGCUGGGUCACUCUCACCUAUCCUGAGAACAUCUAAAAGAGAGGCUCUGUGACUGAGGAGGCACUUACCAGGCAGAGUCUGGUAGCUUAGCCACUAUAUCACCUCUUUGUGCGUGGCCCUGGAAAGGGUGGAGGAUGAUGGGAUGGAAAGCAGAGCGGAGUGAGAGACAGAGGACCCCUUGGUUCCUAUGACUUGCUGUGUGGCUUUCAGUAAGAACCUACCCUCUCUGAGCCUCGCUUUCUCCUACUCCUUACCAACUUUCCCAAGAGCACAGAAGAAUGUCAGAGCUGAGAGAGACCAUCCAUUGUAAGCUCUUGCUGGUGGAAGAUGGGAAAGAACACAGAGAGGGCCAUUAACUUAUCCAGGAUCAAACAGCACAACACGGCAGGCCCAGGGCCUCUGAGUCCCCUCAAAGUGUUCUUCCCUGUGAACCACACUGCCUGUCCUUGAGGACCUUUGAGCCCUGCUUAUACCUGUGCAGGGAGGCACUUGAGAGGACACAUGCUUUCCAACAGGGCACCAGAAUAUCUUUUGGGGAUACCCCAAUACAUAGACAGCCUGAGGAGGUGAGGGUAAGAGCCCAGGCAGACAGAGCUCCAACAGACAGUGGAGGGUGCAGGGCCCUGUUGGUCCUCUCCCGAGUAUUGGAGCAGUAGCAGGUCGCCUGAAUCAGUGGGCACUGGUGCCUCUUGCCCCACUCCCCACUUUUGUCCCUGUCUGUGCUCUCCAUGGCCACUCAGCUGGAGGCAUGAUGCAGGAGAGGCUGUAGCCCAUGCCAGGGAAGCAUGUCCAAGACUUGCCUCUGGCCUGCAGAUCUGUGUUUCCAUUUUGAGAGCAACUACACGGCUCAGCACCUCCAUCCCCAUCCCCUGGAGAGAGCUGCAGAGGCUUCACCCAGACCUGCUGAGAUCCUGGUUGCCCAGUAACAACCAAUGACAUCAGCCCCAGUGCUGGGUCAAGUGUCUGUCUGGAGGACACCGGUUGUUGCUGGGUGACAGCUGGAUUCAGAACUUAGACCUGUGGGGGCUCUGAGCCAUACUGGGCUCCUGCUAUUGUUCUAGAAGAGGCCUUUGCCUCUUUAGAAGAGGCCCUGAGAAGACGGAGUCUUAGGAAGGAUGUAGCAGAAACUGCCUGGUCAUUGGAGCCCACCAGACACACCAUCCUCAUCCUUUCUGUUUUGUCUCAGUGGUGAUGAGAAACAACACCUCAGUCACAUUCCCAUGCCAGGUCACCCUCCCCACCCCCAACCCCACCCAGGAGGGGAAAAAAAUGGAGGCACUGGGUCCUGGCCAGCCCCUUCCCUAGUAUGGACUACUAGGGAAGGGGCUGGCUCUCUAUUUCCAAUGUCCCCCCUGCUCUCACCUAUUGUGAACAUUCUCUGAGCACGUGGAGCCCCACUCCAUCUUCCCAAACACAUCCAACAAGACAGCUGUGGCCCUGAGCUGCCCCUGGGUCUGACGAAGAUGGAACGAGGCUGGUUAGAUAGUCCUAGGCACCGAGACCCCCCCCCCCCCAGAGCACUGUAUCUGCACCAUCUGGUUUAUCCUCAACAGCACCAGGCAAGACUGAUCUUAGCCCUGUGAUGGAAAAGAGAAGGCCGAGACUCAGAGAGGUAAAAUAACUUGCCCAGUGUCAAUUGGCCAGCUGAGAACAGUGUGAUUUCCAUUUGGAGGCAGACUAUAUGCUUAAAGAACCACACUACCUCCUUUAGAGUGCAGAAGGAGCAGAGGUGGGGGUGUGGGGCUCGAGGCCGGGGAGUAGGGUCUUUCACCCAUGCCCAGUCUCAGCCUCAAGCUGAACUGUAGUCUUCAGGGCAAGAAGCGAGUAUCUCAAGAGCGUCAUCAGAAAAGGCAGGGUGGAAGUGCUUCUUCCGUAGCCCCUGUUCUGGGCAAGGCCUAUGUUAGGUUCUCUAAGCUGUUUUCUGCGCAGAUCCCCCACCCGUGAAGCAUGGAGUGGCCUCUCCCCCGUGUCCUAAGGGAUCAUCUUACCACAGUUACACGUGAAUGGGGACCACAGACUGAAGUAUGAGGAUCUGUCGGGGGUGGGGUGGGGUGGGGUGGGGGAAUAACUCAACCCUUGGCUUGUAGAUGAGGAAGCUAAGUCCUGGCCAGGAAGCUCAAAUGAUCCUGGAAGCUCCCCCCACCCCCGACUGUCCUUCUCUUCUCCAGGACCCAGUGGUCACUCCCUUCGCCCCAAACUGGGUCUUACCUACUAGUCCCAGCACCUUUGGCCUGAGAGAACUGGAGGAUGGUCUCCUCUCAAGGCACUAGUGUUCUCCUCUCCCCUUGACUCCAGCUGCCUGCCACCCCAGAUCCCACCUCCCACCCACCCUAUUCCCUGCCCCUGCUGGGUGGAGAACAGGCUCCUUCCUAGGCCGUGCAGGCUGUGAGCAUGUGAAGCCUUCUGAUUGGACACUAUGAAAUGAGGACCCUCCACUGCCCUCCCACCCACCUUGCCCUAUUUUGUAUAUAAGUGACAUGAGAUGCUUUGUGUGUGUGUGUGUGUGUGAGUGUGUGCGUGGUCUGUGCCAUGGCUUUUGUUACCAUUUCUUGUUUUUGUAAAUUUGAAUGUUCAAAAUAAACAUGUGGUUUACUCGGAA